UGGGCAGGGGCGCCGCCCCGCCUCGGGAGAGGCGGGCCGGGCGGGGCUGGGAGUAUUUGAGGCUCGGAGCCACCGCCCCGCCGACGCCCGCAGCACCUCCUCGCCAGCAGCCGUCCGGAGCCAGCCAACGAGCGGAAAAUGGCAGACAAUUUUUCGCUCCAUGAUGCGUUAUCUGGGUCUGGAAACCCAAACCCUCAAGGAUGGCCUGGCGCAUGGGGGAACCAGCCUGCUGGGGCAGGGGGCUACCCAGGGGCUUCCUAUCCUGGGGCCUACCCCGGGCAGGCACCCCCAGGGGCUUAUCCUGGACAGGCACCUCCAGGCGCCUACCCUGGAGCACCUGGAGCUUAUCCCGGAGCACCUGCACCUGGAGUCUACCCAGGGCCACCCAGCGGCCCUGGGGCCUACCCAUCUUCUGGACAGCGAAGUGCUCCUGGAGCCUACCCUGCCACUGGCCCCUAUGGUGCCCCUGCUGGGCCACUGAUUGUGCCUUAUAACCUGCCUUUGCCUGGGGGAGUGGUGCCUCGCAUGCUGAUAACAAUUCUGGGCACGGUGAAGCCCAAUGCAAACAGAAUUGCUUUAGAUUUCCAAAGAGGGAAUGAUGUUGCCUUCCACUUUAACCCACGCUUCAAUGAAAACAACAGGAGAGUCAUUGUUUGCAAUACAAAGCUGGAUAAUAACUGGGGAAGGGAAGAAAGACAGUCGGUUUUCCCAUUUGAAAGUGGGAAACCAUUCAAAAUACAAGUACUGGUUGAACCUGACCACUUCAAGGUUGCAGUGAAUGAUGCUCACUUGUUGCAGUACAAUCAUCGGGUUAAAAAACUCAAUGAAAUCAGCAAACUGGGAAUUUCUGGUGACAUAGACCUCACCAGUGCUUCAUAUAACAUGAUAUAAUCUGAAAGGGGCAGAUUAAAAAAAAAAGAAUCUAAACCUUACAUGUGUAAAGGUUUCAUGUUCACUGUGAGUGAAAAUUUUUACAUUCAUCAAUAUCCCUCUUGUAAGUCAUCUACUUAAUAAAUAUUACAGUGAA